CCUAGUAGUUGGUUGUUCAAGAUGUUCCAAGCGGACCGCAGAGAUUUGGCCUGUCAUCUGAUCAGGUUGGAUUCGCCCAAGGAGCUGGAUCAUCCUCGAGUGGUCCAGGUGCCGGAUCCUGAUCGCCAGGACAUGCAGUUCCCGGACAUCUGGCUGCGCGACAAUUGUCGCUGCAAGGAGUGCUAUUUGCCACAGACCCUGAGUAGAUUGCCCCAGCUGUGGAACAACCUGGACACCAGUGUGCGGGUCCUGCGGCAGAGCGUGGAUGUGGAGCAGCAGGUCCUGUACAUAGAGUGGUCCGAUGGGCAUGCCUCCCAAUAUCCUUACAAUUGGCUAAGGGAGCGGGACUUUUCAGCUGCCAAUCGCCAGCGUUAUUUGAGUGAAUUCUACCGUCCGGAGCAGAAGUUGUGGAGCGGUCAAAACUUCGAGGAAGUCCGUCGAGUCUUCUACUUCCAAGAACUGAUCACCAGUGAUUCGGCGUUGCUGCAGUGGCUCCAACACCUGGCGGUUUACGGAGUGGCUCUCGUGAAGGAGGCCCCUCUGGAAAUGGAUGUCCUGCGAAGGCUAUCCAACCGAGUGGGCUUCAUGAGACGCACCACCUACGGGGAGGAGUUCAGUGUUCGGGCUCAGCCGGGUGCCAGUAACUACGCCUACCUGGCAGCCCCACUUCCCCUCCACACGGACAUGCCCUACUUCGAGUACCUGCCCGGAGUGACAUUGCUGCACACCCUGGAGCAGUCCGCCUCCCCGGGCGGAGUCAACCUCCUGGCCGACGCCUUCUACGUGGCCGAGAUGAUGCGUGAGAGACAUCCGAAUCAGUUCCGGGCUCUCUGCCAGACGCCCGUGGAUUGGGCGGACAUCGGAAGCGACGGCGACCUGCAGUUCCACAACAUCUGGCAGGCACCGGUAAUCAACUUGGACGCCGAGGGGCGGUGUGUGCGGAUCAACCACAGCAUUCCGCAGCGGGACAGCCACUUCAGCGUGCCCAUGGAGCAGGUGCGUCCGUGGUACGAGGCGAUGGCGACCUUCGUGGGUUUGGCCCAGGAGCACUCGUGCAGGUUCAAGACCACGCCCGGCGACGUGCUCACGUUCGACAAUUUGCGCCUGGUCCACGGACGAACCGGGUACGACGAUACGGAUCGCAAUGUGCGCCACAUCCUGGGCGCCUUCGUCGACUGGGACAUCGUGUACUCGCGACUGAGGGUCCUGCGGAAUGCCACCGCACCUGGUGCUCCUUAGAUGGCAGCCACAUGUGCUGUGAUUGCGAUACUAAUUAGCCAUCUAUCAAUGCCAGCCACGUUGAUUGACACCGCACCGUUGCCAUAGAGUUAAUCGAAUUAUUAAUUUACAUUCGCAUUUAUUGUUUAAUUGAUAUUAUACUUACAUUCAGAUUUUAAAUAAAUACAAUGUUAAUGGGUA